AUGGCUGCAGCUGUCGGCGUUGGUAUCUUGGCUGGGGCUGCUGGUGGUUAUUUCCUGUCUUCCGAGAUUCGUGAAGAUCACUCUAAUCCAAUUAUCACUGAUGAUAACAGCUAUAUCCACAUUGAUGCAGGUAUGAGCCAGCAAGAUGCAUGUGACUCGGAUGAGGAGUUGGGAACACGCGUGGAGUCUUCAGAUCAUUCUGAAGAGUUUUCCGAGUCCGAAAACGAGGCCAACUCUAUCAACGACAAUGGCUCCGAUGGUUUUGUGUCCGACGAAGAGUAUGAGCUUUCGGACUCUGAGGUUUCUGUAUGUCAAGCUUCAUCCGAUGAUGAGAUCUCGGAGUGGGGAGAGUCAGACGCAGAAUCGAUUCAUGAAGACUCUGACUCUGAUGAACUUGAUCUGGAUAGCCCAUACAUGUCCGCCGACUUUACAGAUAGUGAAGCUUCAGAAGCCGAGGAUCUUGGUGCUCGCGACUUGCAAGCUGAGUCGAGUAGCGACCUCGACACAGACCCAGGCCAAGCUAGUGCUGAAGACUCCGAAUCCGACGAGAAUGGGUCUGUUAACAAUGAAUCCGAGGAUGAUCUCGACGAAUCGGUUCAGUCUAUGGAAUUUCAGCAACAGAAUUACAUGGACCAGCAGUAUCAGCAACAAGGUUAUUUCAAUGCUCAAUAUCAGCAACAGGUAGCUCAGCAAAGCUAUUCAGAAGAGGACGAGCCCCGAGGCGAUCACCAACAGUACCAACAGCAAGGUUACUACGAUCAACACAAUCAAGUAGCUGAGCAAACUGAAUCGGAAGAGGAUGAGCCACAAAAUUUCCAGGCCCAGCAGCAGCAACAACAGCAACAGGCCUACUAUGACGGGCAUCCGCAGAAUCAAGCGCCUGAACAAAGCGAGUCUGAAGAAGAGCCCUAUCGACAACAGUAUCAGCAGCAGGGUUACCACAGUGGGCAGCAUCAACAGCAAGCAACUCAACAGUACGAUUCUGAAGAUGAAGAAGGGCACCAGGUUGCAUAA